AUGUCUACCACCAAUUCCAUCAAGCAAGCCGCUGAAGCAGCGCGGAACAAGACGUCCGAGGCAAUGGAUGCCACAAAGCGGAUCGCAGACACCGCAAAGGCGGACCCCAUAGCUGCCAAAAAUGACUUCCUGCACACCCCGUUCAUGCGCGGCGCUCUCCCAUUCAUAAACGGCGGGGCGGCAGGCAUGGUAGCAACAACAGUCAUCCAGCCGAUCGACAUGAUCAAAGUGCGUCUCCAGCUCGCCGGCGAGGGCGCCAGGACGGGCCCAAAACCAACACCCAUAUCAGUGACGAGGGAAAUUCUCGCCCAGGGCAAAGUAAUGGAUCUCUACACUGGCCUCUCAGCAGGUCUCCUCCGGCAAGCGGUCUACACAACCGCUCGACUUGGCUUCUUUGACACGUUUAUGAAUUCGCUCACCGUGCGGGCGAAAGAGAAGGGCAAUCAGAUUGGCUUCAGAGAGCGCGCAGCAGCUGGUCUAUCAGCCGGUGGUCUGGCAGCAAUGAUUGGCAACCCCGCAGACCUGGCUCUCAUCCGUAUGCAAUCCGACGGUCUAAAGCCCGCAGCGCAAAGGAAGAACUACAAAUCCGUCAUCGACGCCUUGAGCAGCAUUGCAAAGUCCGAAGGAGUCGGUGCUCUCUGGGCCGGUGCCGCGCCAACAGUUGUGCGAGCCAUGGCCCUGAACUUCGGCCAAUUGGCCUUCUUCUCGGAGGCGAAGCAGCGCUUGAAGGAUACGUCCAUGUCGGCGAGGGCGCAGACUUUGACGGCGAGUGCCGUGGCGGGCUUCUUUGCGAGUUUCUUCAGUCUGCCGUUUGACUUUGUGAAGACGAGGUUGCAGAAACAGCAGAAGGCGCCAGAUGGAUCGCUGCCGUAUAAGGGGAUGAUGGAUUGCUUUAAGAAGGUAGCGAGGGAUGAGGGGCUGUUGAGGUUUUAUAGGGGGUUUAGUACGUACUACGUGAGGAUUGCACCGCAUGCGAUGGUAACUUUAAUCGUGGCCGACUACCUUGGCUUCAUCACGAAGUGA